UGUCUUCCAAAGCCAGGCUUUUCAAGUCCCACUCUUUUUCUCCCCAAGUACUAAAACCAGGACCCAGGACUCAAAGCUCUGCUGCAACUAAACGCAGACCCACCACCCACCACCUCCAUGCCUCGCCGUGGCCGCUCAUCGGCGUCUUCGCUUCUCUCCCCACCACUACUCAUCCUUCUCUUGCCGAUCAUCGCCUUGGCUUUCCUCUUCUUCGCAGUCCGUCCAUUUAUCUCACUCACCUCCCAUGUCCUCCGACCCAACACGGUCAAGAAAAGCUGGGACUCCGUCAACAUCUUCCUCGUCCUCUUCGCUAUUCUUUGUGGUUUUUUCGCUCGAAAAAACGACGACGGAUUACCCCCAGACGAGACCGCCAAUGCUUCGAGUGCUUCAAACAAAACAAAUGAAGGAGAGGAAGAGCAAUCAACUUCGCAGCAAUGGUUUCGGUACCCCGAAACAAAGAUCUUUGACACUCCACACGUUUGGGCACCGGCCACCGGUGUGACCCAGUUGAAGAGAAGCAGCAGCUCGUACCCGGAUCUGAGGCAAGAGUCGUUGUGGGAGACGGGUGAUGACCGGUUCCAUUUCCGGUUCUUCGACGAUUUCGAAAUCGACAAGUACCGGUCCCCCAGACCCCGAAACGAACCGGAAGAGCCCGAGAUUAAGGUAAUUCCGGUUGAUACCUUUACACUCCAUUCUUCUCCUUCACAGCCACUACCACCGAAAUCACCGCCUCCGCCACCUCCGCCUCCGAAUCCACCGCCGGUAGUUCAGCAUAAACGGAAACGAACGUAUCGUACCAUUAGGCGCAAAGACGACGACACCGAAUCGACGAAAACCAGGUCUCCUCCGCCACCUCCGCCGAUACCGCCACCAUCUCCGGCGAGAGUCCGUUCGGAGCAGAAGUACGUGAAGAGCGAGCGUAGAAAGAUCAAUUUCAAGAAAGAGAUAGCCAUGGCCUGGGAUUCGCUGUACAAUCAGAGAAAGCGAAAGAAGAAACAGAUCAAAACAAAGAACGUCUUAGACGAACCGGUUCAGUCUCCAGCUGGACAGGUUCGCCAUACCAGACCGCCGCCGCCGCCUCCUCCUCCACCGUCCGUUUUCCAUAGUCUGUUCAGAAAGGGAAGCAAAAGCAAGAAAGUUCACUCGGUCUCUACGCCGCCGCCUCCGCCUCCGCAGCCUCCUCCACCGCCGGUUAAAUCCUCACGAUCAUCAGAGCGGAAGAUUCCGGCUCCACCUCCACCGCCGGUUAAAUCUUCACGAUCGUCAGAGCGGAAGAGCCCGGCUCCACCUCCACCGCCUGAACCUUCACGACGGCGAAGUUCGAGUUUUAGCAACGCCGGCCGGCCACCGUUGCCGACAAGGGCGAACACCUGGGACGAGAAUGUGAACGGCGUCAGGGAACGGAGUCCGGUUAUACCGAUGCCGCCUCCUCCGCCGCCGUUUAAGAUGCCGGAGAUGAGGUUCGUUAUGCCCGGGGGUUUUGUUAGGGUGCGGAGCGCUCAGAGCUCUCGGCGUGGGUCUCCGGAGCUGGAGGACGCUGAUGCGAAUACAGAGUCGUCGGAUGGGACGGUCAACGCGAUGGACGGUGCAGGGUCGGUUUUCUGUCCGAGCCCGGAUGUAAACGUCAAGGCCGACACGUUCAUCGCUAGGCUCCACGAUGAUUGGAGGCUCGAGAAGAUGAAUUCCUGGAGAGAGAAGGAAACGAUGGGCCUCGGCCUCGGCCUCGGCCCUGGCCCAUAGGCACUGGUCUCAGGCCCAAAUUUAUUUUUCACACACAUUAUAGUAUAUAUUAUUAGAGAGUAUAUAUUGGUACAGGAAAGAUUUGAAGAGAUGGCCGAUGGGGCUCCGACUGUUUUUUUUUAUCACCUUUUGGAGCCCCGGAAUGAAGAGAAUGUGGGUUUGAAUUAAAUGCUUGCAUGAGUUUAUUUUACUAAACGGUAAUGUAUAGGUAGGAUUUGGCUUUAGGUUCAAGAAAUGGACUCGUUGAGAUUGGGACAUGUGUCCCAACAGUUGUUAUAGGGCUCUGAUUGUGUUUUUGGAUUUCAGGCUCGAAUUUCUUUCGUGGUUUUAUUAAUUAAUACUAGGCAUGCUGCACUAUUGAAUAUGUAUGCCCAUAUCAACGGCUUUUGGCUCUGGUUGUAAUGUUUUUUUGGGUCUUUACCUCCUGGAGCCUUUACUUUUAAGAGUGUGUAUGGAUUCAAUUCAAGUUUGUAUUGUUUGAGGUUGAAAUGAAGUUUUUGGAAAUUUA